AUGACAGGAGGAGCUUUCUUUGCACCCUCCGGAGCCGACGAGGAGUAUGACUUGGAUGAACAGGGUAACGAAAGACAUUCAGUACAGUGGAUAGGUACUGCGCAAGUCAAGGGACCGAAGUGGGCAAAGCUCCCUCUAUUGACGGUCGGAAUGCUGGGUAUACAGUGCGUCUGGUCGAUCGAAAUGGGCUAUGCCUCACCAUAUCUCCUCGAAUUAGGAUUAUCCAAAUCAUUCAUGUCGCUGGUAUUCAUGGCGGGACCAUUAUCAGGACUGAUCGUCCAGCCUCUAAUUGGUAUAUUCGCAGAUAGGUCAAGAUCGCCUCUUGGGAGAAGACGUCCAUUCAUGCUGGCUGGGUGUGCUAUAUGCGUAUUUGCAAUGAUGAUGUUAGGCUGGACAAGGGAGAUAUCAGGUUUGGUCAACGGUGGGAAAUGGUUAGCUAUAGCUUUAGCUGUAUGGUCCAUUUACUUGAUUGAUUUCAGCAUCAAUGCUGUGAUGUCUACGGAUAGAGCAUUGGUGGUGGAUACUCUACCUCCGAGGGAACAGGAAGAAGGGAGUGCCUGGGCAGGAAGGAUGUUUGGGUUUGGUAGUGUUUUUGGUUUUUUUGUCGGGAAUCUCGAUUUACCGCCGGUAUUACCUUUCCUAGGCAAAACACAGUUACAGAUAUUGUCAUUUAUGACCAGCGCGAUACUCGUAAUCUCACAUACUUUCACUUCUUGGGCUGUAUCUGAGCGAGUGCUAUUACGAGACGAUCGCCCACAAUCGCAAAGCAGUCUCAAGGCCAAUCUGAAAUCAAUAUGGGAUAACAUGUUCUCCCUCCCACCGGGAAUACGGACAAUUUGCUUCGUACAAUUUUUCGCCUCACUCGGAUGGUUCCCUAUAUUGUUCUUCACGACGGUUUGGGUUUCCGAAAUUUACAAAGCCUCAGUACCGAUCCCAGAAGGUAUGGACGAAGCGACAUUCGCAGCCGAUGCCGUCCGAUCAGGAGCAAGAGCCCUGCUAUUGCAGGCACUGGUAAAUAUAGUCACAUCGAUAGGUUUCCCAUUUUUAGUAUCCGAAUCGGGCGUACAGCCGGAAUCGGCUUAUACAUACUCCUCAGACGGAUCAACGUGGCAGAUACCUUUCAAAGGAUUGACUCUGAUCAAAGUUUGGUGGAUCAGUCAGUUUGUCUUUGCAGGCGCUAUGGCUGCUAGUUGGUUCGUGACUACUGUUAGUGGCGCCUACUUUGUCAUUGCUACUACUGGAUUCUGCUGGGCUUUAUCCCAGUGGGCGCCAUAUUCACUCCUUGGUGAACUCAUUCUGAUCGACGGAACUAUUGAUCGAUCUUCACCUUUAAGCAUCAUGCAAUCCCGCCCUUCAGUCGACAUCCGUCAUUCCAUCUCAUCCAAUCGUUAUUCCUACGAUCCACCAAGAGAUCAAGCGAGCUCUUCACACCCCCUUCCGAACGAAGCCUCUUUCGUGAUCCAUGAAAGUGAUGAUGAAGACUCUCCACCAGAGAGUAAGGAAAAGGCGACAGCUGUCGAUGAAAAUGACGAAAAGGGAAACAAAAGGCUAUCAGGUGGAUUAUCACCAUUGAUCAUCCAAGGCGAAACGGUCGGCGAACCUGAACCGGGAUUAGGAUCAACGGUGAUCCUUCGACAUUCCGAUGAAUAUUCUCGAUCGGACAUAUCGGAUGAUGACGACGAGGAAGGAGCAGACGAUGAUCAGAGGAGAAUAUCAACACAGAGUGGACGUCGAGCUAUAACGCCAUCACCUACUUCACCACGAACUUCAAGUUCUGCUACGCGAACACAGGAAAAGGGACAAAGUACAGCUGACAAAGCAGGUGUGAUAUUGGGUAUACAUAAUGUUUUCUUGGUAUUACCUCAAUUCGUGGUUACCUUCUUGUCUUCCAUUAUCUUUUAUUUGAUGGAACCUGAAAAAGGUCUUCCGGCCCAUCACCCACAUACGACUAUACCCCUUACAGGCAAUGUGACCGAUUCAUCCGCAGUCACCGAAGGGUUAGAAGGUGUGGUAGCUGGUUUAGGGGAAGAAGUGGUAAAACGAUUGAUAGUUGGGAGAGCCGAAGGGAUGGUCGAGGGAGGAUCUCCUGAUGCGGUAGGAUUGAUAUUUAGGAUAGGAGGUAUGAGCGCUGCGAUUGGAGGGUGGAUCUGUUGGAGGUUGAGUAGAAAUUGGGCCAGAGGAAAGGGUAUAUAA